AUGGUUCGCAAGAAGGUGCCCCUCCGGUACAUCGGCGAGGACUCCACCCGUCGUCGUACCUACGAGACACGUCGCAACUACCUAACGAAGAAGGUGGGCGAGCUAGGCAUCCUAUGCAACACCAAGGCAUGCGUUCUGGUGUAUGACGAGGGCGCAUCGGAGCCGUAUGUUUACCCGUCCCAUGCCGAGGCGGUGGAAAUCCUGAAUCGGUACAAGGCCAUGCCGAACAUGCCACAGUUCAAGAAGACGACGAGCCAGGAGGAGUUCCUCACCAAGUGCCUCGCCAAGCUCCAGCACCAGGCCAACAAGCUCCAAAGCGAGCGUGAGGACCGUGACAUCAGGGCCCUCCUGCACAAGGCCAUGCUCGGUGGCAACCUUAACGCCGAGGAGGUCGCAAGUGUUGGCUGUACGUCGGGGGAGAUCCACCAGAGCCUCGUUGAGCGCAUCGCUAAAACCAACCCGCAGCUGCCGGUCUUCCAGCCCCAAGUACCAUACGUCACCGGCGGCGUCAACAUGGGGCCUCCGUCGAUGUAUCAAGCGUCGUCGCAGCAGCAGGCGGGCGGGCAGCCAUCGUUCUUCCAGCCCCAGGCGCCAUACAUCACCGGUAGAGCCAACAUGGGGCCUUCGUCGAUGAAUCAAGCGUCGCCGCAGCAGCAGGCGUGCGGGCAGCCACCGCUUUUCCAGCCCCAGGCGCAGUAUCAAGCGCCGCCGCCGCAGCAGGCGGGCAGGCAGCUAUCGGUCUUCCAGCCCCAGGCGCCAUACAUCGCUGGCAGCGCCGACAUGGGGCCUCCGGCGAUGUAUCAGGCGCCGCCGCACCAGCAGGAGGGCUGGAAGCCACCAGUCUUCCAGCCCCAGGCGCAGUACGUCACCGGCAGCGUCGACAUGGGGCCUCCGCGGAUGUAUCAGGCAUUGCAGCAGCAGGAGGGCUGGCGUAACUUGGUGAGAUCCGAGGAGGACCAUAGCGCCCUGGUCUAUAAUGGAAAUGGCUACAGUACUGGUGGCCACGACGGCGUCGGCACCAGCUCGAGCGCCAGCUUCCCCCUCGAUGAUAUGAUGUCAUUCUUGGACGAUAUGGAGUUCGAGUUGUCGUGA